AUGAAAAGUAAAAAUCGAGAAAAUUAUGUUAUCCUUCAAGAGAAAUUGAGAGAGUUAGAGGAGAAAUUAUUCAACACCAAAGAAAAAUUAAAAAUGUAUGGUUAUAAAGAUAGUUCGGAAAAUGGGGAUUUAACCGCCUUGAAUGAAAAGGCUAAAAUAUACCAAUUCCAAAUUAAUUUGUUAAAGACCAAGAUGGAAAGAGUGAACCAGGAGGACGACAAAACUAUUACUUAUAAAAUACUAGCCACCGGUGAGAAAAAAACCGUUCAACUAACCAAUGGAGAAACUGACCCUGACCAGGGCAAAAUUUCUCGAACUAGUCCGGUGGGAAUGGCCCUUGACAAGAAAAAAAAUGGUGAAGUAGUUGAAGUUAAAAUAAGUCAAAAGAGAUAUCAAAUCCAAAUUAUUGAUAUCAAAGAAGUUUAG